GCUGGGGGCCCGGCCAUGGCCGGAGAGCGGCCCCCACUGCGGGGCCCUGGGCCCGGGCCCGGAGAGGCGCCGGGGGAGGGCCCCCCGGGGCCGGGGGGCGCGGGCGGAGGCCCGGGCCGGGGCCGCCCCUCCUCCUACCGGGCUCUCCGCAGCGCCGUGUCCAGCCUGGCGCGCGUGGACGAUUUCCACUGCGCGGAGAAGAUCGGGGCCGGCUUCUUCUCUGAGGUCUACAAGGUCCGGCACCGACAGUCAGGGCAAGUCAUGGUGCUGAAGAUGAACAGGCUGCCCAGUAACCGGGGAAACACGCUAAGGGAGGUGCAGCUGAUGAACCGGCUCCGGCAUCCCAACAUCCUUAGGUUCAUGGGGGUCUGUGUGCACCAGGGGCAACUGCACGCUCUCACGGAGUACAUGAAUGGGGGGACCCUAGAACAGCUUCUCAGCUCCCCCGAGCCUCUAUCCUGGCCUAUCAGACUCCACCUGGCUCUGGACAUUGCCCGUGGCCUACGAUACCUGCAUGCCAAAGGUGUAUUCCACCGAGACCUUACAUCCAAGAACUGUCUGGUCCGACGGGAAGACCAAGGCUUCACAGCUGUUGUGGGCGACUUCGGGCUGGCGGAAAAGAUUCCUGUGUAUAGGGAAGGGGCAAGGAAGGAGCCGUUGGCUGUGGUGGGUUCCCCAUACUGGAUGGCUCCGGAGGUAUUGCGGGGUGAGCUGUAUGAUGAGAAGGCUGAUGUAUUUGCCUUUGGCAUUGUCCUCUGUGAGCUCAUCGCCCGAGUACCUGCAGACCCUGACUACCUACCCCGUACCGAGGAUUUUGGCCUGGAUGUGCCAGCUUUCCGAACCCUGGUGGGGGAAGACUGCCCACUGCCCUUCCUGCUCCUGGCCAUCCAUUGCUGCAGUAUGGAACCCAGUGCCCGUGCCCCCUUCACUGAAAUCACCCAACACCUGGAAUGGAUCCUGGAGCAGCUGCCUGAGCCAGCCCCCCUCACCAAGGCUCCCCUGACACACAAUCAGGGGUCUCUUCCAAGAUGGGGUCCUUCUGCCACGCUUCCCAGGCCAGACCCCCGGCUCUCCCGAAGCCGGUCAGACCUCUUCCUGCCCCCAUCACCAGGAUCACCCCCCAACUGGGGGGACAAUCUAACUCGAGUCAACCCUUUCUCACUACGGGAAGACCUCAGAGGUGGCAAGAUUAAGCUCCUGGACACGCCCAGCAAGCCAGUCGCCCCCCUGCCCCUUGUACCACCAUCACCGCUGUCCUCUACCCACCUGCCCUUGAUGACUACUCCGGAGACCCUGGUCCAGCCCGGGACACCUGUCCGCCGCUGCCGCUCCCUACCCUCAUCUCCUGAGCUCCCCCGACGUAUGGAGACAGCACUGCCAGGUCCUGGCCCUCCCCCCGUGGGCCCCUCUGCUGAGGAGAGGAUGGAAUGUGAGGGCAGCAGCCCCGAGCCAGAACCCCCAGGACCAGCUCCCCAGCUGCCCCUGGCUGUGGCCACGGACAACUUCAUCAGCACUUGUUCCUCUGCCUCCCAACCCUGGUCCCCCCGGUCAGGACCUCCCCUCAACAACAACCCCCCAGCUGUGGUAGUAAACUCCCCCCAAGGCUGGGCUGGGGAGCCCUGGAACAGGGCUCAGCAUAGCCUGCCCCGGGCGGCAGCUCUGGAGCGGACAGAACCCUCGCCACCCCCUUCAGCUCCCCGGGAGCCCGAUGAGGGGCUGCCCUGUCCUGGCUGCUGCCUCGGCCCCUUCAGCUUUGGCUUCCUGUCCAUGUGCCCCCGCCCCACACCAGCUGUUGCCCGCUACCGCAACCUGAACUGUGAGGCAGGGAGCCUCCUCUGCCACCGAGGGCACCAUGCCAAGCCACCCACGCCCAGCCUGCAGCUGCCUGGGGCACGUUCUUAACAGUGGGGCCUGUGGUCUCAGGCCUCCAACUUUGGCCUUCAGGACACCCUGUGAGGACAGAGCACAAAUGCUGGACAGUGUCAGUCCCAGAUGGGCUGACCAGACCUUCUCCCUAUAUAGGGGAGCAUCAGCAUGAACUUGAGAGACAGAGCACUUCCUGACCAACCCCCAGGCUCACUCUUCUGUGGGGAUCCCUGAACCAGUCACAGCAUUGCUGACACAUGAGACUAACACGUGCAAAUUAUUUAAACGUAUUUCAAUAAAACUGCCUGGCUGGCUCCGGGCUGCCCCUAUCCACUCAGCCCCGUGCGCCCUCCUCCCCUACUCCACUUUGCUGUGGGAGGUUCUUGGGGAGCCCAAAGUCCCUUCUAGAGGCUUCUUUGCCCUUUUCCUAGGGACAGUCCAGUUUCUGGGACAGAGUUUCAGGCAGGCAGCAGGCUGGUUAGAAGUAUCAGGCAUGGAUCAGUCCUUGGCUGGGCACUGCCCAGGCAGAGUGAGGGAGCACUAGAGGGAGGUCAUCAUAGGGCCCGCAGUCUGCAGGUUAGGGAUGAGGGGCACAGGCUCUUGUUGGCAUGAGUAUCUGGGAGAAUAAAGCAGCAGUGAGCUCCACAGAUGAUUGUCACUGAGAACAGACCCCUCAUCCAGCUCACCCCAUCUCCUCCCCAGGGCUCUAGACAGCCACAUCACCAGCCUCCCUUCAGCUAAAGGCCUUGCCUGCCCCUCUCUCCUCCCCAACCCUCCUUUACAUUAGCAGACCAGGCCCCUGGAACCAUGAACAGGACUGCCACUCCCAGGCACAAGUUUUCCCUCUGAUCUCUGGGACCCUGCUCUGACUCCUUCUUCCCGGAGUCCUCCAUGCCUCAUCCCCAUCCCUUGUACUUACCUAGUUCAGGUGCAAAGAGUGUUCCCCAUCUGGAUGCCUGAAGGCUGGCAUCUCACAGAUGCAGGGAAGACGAUUUGAACAGUCCUCCUGCUGCAGUGGUGCCCAAUAUUUCAUUUGUACCUUAGCACAGUUUGAGUUUUGUGUCCCAAGCCACCUUGAGCUUUGUAUCCUAGACCUGUACAGUGGUGAAGUAGAACCAGAGUAAGCUCUGGACCCCUCCUUCCCAUUCUCCCUUCUCCAUUUGCCCUUGGAUAAAGCCUCACCCAAGUCCUAACUCACCCCACCCACCGAGACACUGGCCACACCUGAGUGUGGCUCUGGGUCCAAUGGCUGGACUCCAACCAGAAGAGGCUUUAGGACCAGGGAGGAAAAAGUCAUCCAAGGUCUUAAAGUUGAAAACUCCAGUUAGGGAACAUGGGAGGUGGCCACCCUGCUUCAGGGUUCCUGGGGUUGAUCUUCCUAAAGUUACCCCACUUCUCCCUUGUCCUCUUCUGUAGUGCCCCGUGGGGUCCCAGCUGAGAAAGUACAACCUCAGUUUGGGCAAUUUAGCCAAAGGAUGGGAAGUUAGGUUAGGGUACCAGGAUUCUUCAUCAACUGUGAAGCCCACACUAAAUCCUCAGCUUUUGAUAGAAAAUGAGAAAAAGAUGGCAUAAGUUCCAACCUGGUAAUUAUUCCCCCAAAAAUUGUAUGUACCAGGGACUGCUAGGUACUGGGGAUAGAAUAGAGGACAGGACUGCACGAAACCGUUAUUAAUCAAAUAGAGGAAACGAACAAAAGGACAAUUGCAAUAUUGAUUCAUGAAAGAUUUUUGGGAGCAGGAUCUGGGAAGGAAAUAUCUUUACUGUGCCCUUAGGAAGGGAAUAUGGAGUUGAAAUUACCCAAAAGUCCUGACAAACUUACUCACUGACUGGUGUGCCGUCAAUCCACUUCCAGUUCUUAUCUAAACUGAGGCCAAUCCAACAUGACUCAAAUAGAUUACCAUCUGAUGUCAACAGAUUUAUGAUUUCUCUGGAGUCAGAUCUCUGAGGGGAGAUUCAGAGAGACAUGAGGUGUGUGGAGAACACUGAGAAAUAGGGAAGAAAAUGAACACCCUAGGGAGGCCUAUGAGCUUUGGCAAGAAGGCUUGUCCCUGCAUCUUUCAAGUGUCCACCCUGCAGGUGCAAGCUCACCCUGUAGUUCACCUCCCAGCUGGGGAAGAAUCUCUGCCACCCUUUGGAAGGGGGCCAUCUGGUGGGCUAUUCUAAUCACAGGGAACCCAUCCCUACAAUCCAGCCUACCAGGUAUGAGAUGCCUCUCCCUGAGAGGCCAUGAGAGUCGAACCUGCUAAGUAGCCCAGAGAGCUGACUGAAAAGCUGGGAUGAGAAACAGGUUAAAGUAGAGAUGGUUCAUAAAUUCAACUCUCACGCCAACUCUUAUCAGUUAGUAGGGGCCACCUGGAGCACUGUGUUGAGAAGAUGCACAGGCUGUUCUCCAAGUUCAGAGGUAAAGAGCAUUGUGAUUGAUUAUCAAUAUCUGCAUGGAAAAGAAAUGGGAAUCCCGGCACGCAUGCCAUGUGUGCACUGCCAUUUCUGAUUUGAGGAUGUAUGUCCCUUCACCUACCAGACCCAAAUAUAGUCUGUGAAUAAGAGUAUUCUUACUGAAGAAUAAUACUGAGAUUGAAGAUCUUUCAAUACGGCCAGAUCUGAGGACAGGGAUUUACAGUGCUUUCGGCUGUCCUCCCAACUUUUUUGAGUAGGUGAGAAGUAAAAGCAGCUUUUCCUCUUCUGUAUCCAUCCCACAGGGCAGCAGUUUUCUAAAAAAAAAAAAAAACAAAGAGUGUGACACCACUUUACAGACCCAGGAGGAAGGUCUCAGCACUGUCUUUGGAUGAAAGUGACCACUCAGCAGCAAUCCGGUUGCUAACAGUAUUCCCCUGGGUCUAAAUUCAGUGCCUUUAUUGACUCCCAGUCCUUGACCUUGGCUCUCUUUUGCCUGCCCUGGAAAUGUCACACCUGUGUAUACUUAGUAGAAAGCUUUACGUUCAACAACAUUACUGUCUAACAAUCUGGAAGGUUUAUUCCAAUAGGACUGGUGUUGUAGUCCCAAUUUCUGACCAAUUACAGUCCCACCACCACCCCCAAUUUUGGCUAACCUCACCUAGGCCCCCCAUAAUUGUUCAUUAGCCUCUAAUUCAUCUUACUAGCUCCCUAAAGCAUCCCCCACUGCAUAUGCAGAACUUUUCCCACACUCCUCAAGCCAACCACCUCCUUCCCUCUCCACUCUUCCACAAGCAACUAGUUCCUAUUUUACCAAAAUUGUCAGACUCCUGAUGUGAGCUCUAUUUCCCUCAAAAUUUUUGUCUCUCCUCUGUUCCUCUUUUCCUGAUUAUCCAUAAUAAACAUCCCUCUCUUCUUUUUAAUGUCAGCCACACCCCAAUCUGUGCUCCUGAUCCCAACCCCACCCAACUCUCUUCCAACACGUGUUCAAUGAGUCCUACCUUCAUCACUCAGAUCAUUCCCUUUCCACUAGCUCCCUCUCUUCUGCCUACAUUUCCAUGUGCAAGGUGGGCAGUUGAGUUCAUCCAGGGUUGCAAAUUUGCCAUUCAGGUGCACCAGAAGGAUGAUGGAACCAAAGAAUGGUUGAAGUGAUGGACUCCAGAAUCCAAUAGAUAGGGAGAGAAGCAAGGACAGGAGAGGACUGAUGGGGAGCGAGGUAGAAGGGGAGUUAGUGGGUUGGAAGCCUGGGUGAGGUUGAAGAAGUAUGGGGAAAUUGUGGGGAAGGGUGGGCAGUUGUGAUCAGAGUGGAAGUCUGAAACCAUCCUUUCAGCAGAAGAGUCAUUUCACAUGCUGAGGCCCAGGGGGCAGCAGUGGGAAUGGGUGGCAGCACUGACAUGGAAGUGAGGAUAAGGAGGUUAAGGAACUGAGGGUUGGGGGUGUCUUCAUAUAAUCUUGCUGUCCCAAGCCUGGGGGAACAUCCAGGUGCCCCCUGAGCUAGAUAGAGACUAACCCUGACCAUAGAUAUUCAAUUCAUAAACAUUCCAGUCCUCUUCUAGGCACCCUGUCUAGAACCCCAGCCUGCUUUGGCACAGCCUUUCCCCUUUUAUGUAUCCCCCUUUCCCAUCCCCACACACUGGAUGGUCUCCUGCUUUCAAAAUGGGCAAACACCCCACCCCAGUUCCCUAAACCACAAUACCCCACCCAUGUCGUUGUGAGUGGCACCCAUGCAUGAGAGCAUCCAUUUCCUUGCCCCUCUACUAGAUUGCACCUCAUCAAUCAGUAAUUCUUAAACUUUGUGUGGGGGAAGGUGUCUCAGAUGUAUUGAGAAUCUAAAGCUAUAUAUCCUCUCUUUAGAAAUAUCUGCAAAAAAUUAAAUAAGUUAUAGAAAAUAAAAAUGUGCAAACAACCGAUUUCACAUCCAAAUUCAGGGGGUGCCCAGGCCCUUGACACAGACUUCACUCCAGACACCUGAGUUCACCAUGCUGCUUUGGACAGUGUGGUUUGGAUUGUUGGCUGCCACCCUCCCCUCCUCCACAGGGUCUGCCUUAGAGCUGGGUGAGUCCCCCUCAAUCCGGUGUGCAGCUUCAGCCUUCUUCCUGCACGGCUCAAGUCAGCCACCACUCUGGUUCACUACUUCAUUUCCCCAACAACUCAUUGGCUCCCUGAUACAUAGAUAGAUCUCCCAUCACUAGUGUCUCCUCUCGUCAAUCCAUGCCUCACAGCAGUCCCCUCUCAGCUCUCCCCAGAGCAGGUACCUGGUGAGGAACAUUUGAAGAAAGGCUUCAGUGUGUCCUGCAUGUUGCUCAGCCUCUGCUCCAGGGUGCUCCUCUGCCUCUCCUCCCUUUGCAAGUUCUCCUCUGUCUUCUCCUUGUCGGACUGGCAGGCCUGUAACUGCCCUUCAGCAGCCUGGCGACGCCCUUGUUCACCCUGUAGUGCUUUCUGACUCUGGGCCAGCUCCCUCCUGGACCCUUGCAGCUCCUCUUCCCUCUUCCCCUCCUGGGUUAUCUUCCGGUGGAGCUGCUGGCGCAGGCUGCUGUUAGUGGCUUCCAGAACGCUGUCCAUCUGCUGGAGCUGCUGAGACACCUGCAGAUCUGUUUGGCCAUAAAGAGUGAUUUGGAGGGCAUCUUCACCAGACACGUCCUGCGCCCCUGAGACUUCAGCAUCAGCCCUUUCACUGCUUCUUGCAACUUUUUGCACAAUGAGCUGAAAUACAAGAUCUGACUGCCUAAAGCUUAAGGAGGUACUGCAUAAGGUAAGGACAAUUUAGGAGGAGGACAACGCGCUGGAAACCAGACCAAAAGCUAAGAGUUUGGUGGGAGCCACUGUGGGCUCUGCUGAGGAAGGGUGGCUGUGGAGGGGAGCAGGGGAAAUGUUGUUUGGGGGUAAGUGGGACGUGGGGGCAACCAUACUCACAGCGCAUGCCCAGGCAGAUAGCGGCCACCGCUAACAUCAGGCAGGUGAGGAGCAGGCCAAGGAGAAGGAGGUGCAUGUAGGCUGCACAGCCUUAGGGAGCGAGUGGAAUGAGGGGCAGUCAGUCCCAAAAAAGAAUGUAUAGACUGAGGGGAUGGGCGGAGGGGAUUCACGACGAAAAAGCACUCCUAACAGGACGGUAGUGCAGGGCUGAGGAGGGCAGGCAAGGCUGGCUUUGUGGGGCAGUGGGAGCAUUUCACAGGUAGGGGAUGGAGGUGUUUCAGAGUAAAGGUUGGGGGUUGUCAAACAGAGAGGGGGGAAGGAGAGGCACGUGAACUGGGGCCUUGAACGAGUCUCAGUCGACAUAUUGGAAUGAUCAGUAGGGGAUGGGGUGGAAGGGGCACCGAGAGGGGUCGCGGUGCCCCCUAGGCGUCGAAAGACCUGCACCCGGGCCCCCUCCCGGGCCAGGCCUGCGCCCUGCGGGCCAGCCCACCUCUGCGCUGCCCCGCGUGAGCACGUCCCUCCCAGCCAUCCUCGCCAGGAGUCCCGGCGUCUCCGCGGCGGGGAGAGGCCCAGAAGGGGAACUGGCCUUCCGCGGCCCAGGGAGAUCGUGACCACGCAGCGUGUGGACCCGGACGCCACUCACAGGGGAGAACCCGCCCAGCAGCUGCUGACGUUACGGUGCUCCAGGCCGCGGGUGGCUGCUCCGGCUUGACCUCUGCAGAUUGGGAGGGGCUCCAGUUGGAACAUGGGAAGCACCGGGAAAUGCCCCUUCUGCCCCCUCCCCACCCUACCACCACGCUGAGCCCCCGUCCGUCCUAUGUUGACCCCUACAAUUCGUCUGGGACACCCUCAUCCCUCGCGGGACUUCCUUAUCUCUCCCUGAACUCUUCUCCCUCCUGGGACUGGCCUUGCCUUUUCUCCAGGGACCCCUCAUCUCCCCCGCUAAAAAUAAACAAAACAAGUUGCUGUGAAGUCGAUUCCAACUCAUAGUGAUCCUAUACGACAAAGUAGACCUGUCCCAUAGGGUUUCCAAAGAGCAGCUGGUGGAUUCGAACUGCCAACCCUUUGGUUAGAAGCCAAUCUCUUAGGCUUCACAUCUCCCCACUAGGUCUCAUUUUACCCUUCCUGCCCUCUUAUCUGUCCACCCCAAGCCCUCUCCCUGGGAUUGCUCCCAUCCCUCUCCUGUACCCUCUCAACUCUCUGUGACUCCCAUUAGAACUCCUCUCCCCGAAGCACUGCCCCCAUGCCUCCUCGGAGCCCUUACCUCCCCACUGGGCUCUCCCACCUUGCCCUUGGCAUCUUGAUUCUUCCCCUGGCUCCCGUUUACCCGGUUCUCAUUCUUCUCUUUCCUUAGACACCUCUCCUUUCCCCAAGGGUGUUGUCUUCUCCGGCUCAAGACACAGCCACCCAAACACACGUCCCCUGUGCACUCCAUACCUGCUUUGUCCCUAGGCCCAGGGGGAGCCAUGCCCCCUGGCCACUCUGGAGCUGAGGGCACUUGUACAUUCUCAUAGGUGAGCUCCCCAUUCUCAUAAUCCUCUGUGUCUGGAGAGGAAAGGGACCAAGGUGGGAAUCAGGAGGUGGGGUCCUGAAGGAGGAGGGGAUGCAGGCAGAAUCAAGGAGAUUCAUCCACCCUUACCCUGUUCUAGCCGGGUGGAGAUGCUCUUCUUCAGGGGUGCCUUCACAAACCGAAGGUCUGCAUAAGUGAUGGCCUCAGCCAUGAUCCUGAGCCCCUCUGCACCCACCCGUUUUGCCCCCUCUUCCACUGGUCCCAACACUGCUUGCCACUCUCCUCUCUGUCUUUAUACUCUUAGGCUUUGUGUUCCCUCUGUGACUACACACAUAAUCGUUUUGCCCUGUGACUUCCAGUUACAAAAGAGGAAGGUGUGAGCAAGUCUCUACCAGAUGGGUUCAGUGAAGCAGAAGGCAUCCCUGGGCCCAGGACAGGGGGGCAGAGGAGGGGAGAUUGAGGUCCAGAGUCUUGGAGUAGGAGCUGGGGGUGUCCAGGCCACUACUUGGGCUGGACCAUGUCCUGCCUGUGUCCCCCUUCAUGCAUCCUAGACCCACUUCAGUGAUGCUGGGUUCCAAACACCUGUCCUCCUGACUGGCUUCCCUGAUUGCCCCCCUCCAUUCCUGCCUGCCCUAUCCACUGGGGCUUAUGGGUGUGUAGUCAGAGCAAUUCUGUAGCCAACUGACCUCAGAGGAUUUCAGUCACUGCUCCAGGGUGGGGCUCCAUUGCCCCCAUCAGAUCGUGGGUACUAGUGUGGAUCCCAGAAAACCUGGUGGUGUAGUAGUUAAGAACUAUAGCCGCUAACCAAAAGGUCGGCAGCUCAAAUCCACCAGGCGCUCCUUGGAAACCCUAUGGGGCAGUUCUGCUUUGACCUGUAGAGUAUGGGAACUGAUUUUGAAUGGGUAGUGUGGAUCCCUAGCUUCCCACCAUCCUGGGGUUUCCAGCAGGUUCUUAGAAAGGGGUCCCCUGAUGUGUUGGAUCCCUAGGUGGGCUCGUCUCUUCUAUAGCUUGGGGGCUUUCAGGGUGGGCCCAGCUCCCCUCCUGCUAUACCCCACAGAGUUGCUGAGGAAUCCCUCCUCCCUGUCACAGGGAGGUUCUCACUCAAAAGUCCUUUCUGGGAAUGCCACAGCCCUUCUGGAGGGUGUAGGUGACUUAGGACCAAACUGUUUCUCCUCUGCAGACACCCCCAGAGUUCCUCUUCAGAGAUUUCCCUUCCCCCCUCCACCCUUGUUACCCUCUUGUGAUCAGUCAGCCCUUCCUCUCCCCAUCCUGCCCCUGCCAGCCUCGUGACAUCCUCUUUCCCUACAGCCAAACAGUCGUGCAGGACCUAGAAGGUGGAGCACAGGAGGCAGAGGCCCAGGAAUAGGCCUGGGCUGCGGGUGAGGAUGAGGGACCCCACAGGGACCUUAGCACUGGCAGUCUCACAGCUUGUGCAGUGGAGAGGCCUUCUCUACACCCCUGGGGGGUGCCAGGGAUCAGGGGAGCUGCCUAGGGGUUAGACAAAGAAAGGAAGCAGGGCCAGGAGCUUAGCAUGCAGACUCUUGGCCAGCCAAGAUUUUUAUAUGUUCUUGUUUUGGUUUUGCUCUUAAUUUCCUAGUAAAGUUCUUCCUGAAAAACAAGUCCCAACAUUGGCCUUUCACACCCAGCCCAGAGGAAGAAGGAGCAUUUGGCAAAGUGGAGAAGGGCCCAGUGGCUGAGAGGCACUAAUAGAAGGUCCCUUCAUAGAAGGGGAGGGCUUGACUGAUGGAGGACAGAGGGAAACCCAGGGAGGGGAGAGGGGGGCUGCUGAGCAAGGGUGCCUGGAGAUGCUCCCUAACAUUCUUUUGCUCCUAUACAGAACCCCAAAAGGGCCUACUUCUGAGAGUUGGAAGGGACUGGGGCAAGACAAGGUAUGGAGGUGGGGAAAAACCCACCCCCCAGUGGGUGACAUCCGCCCCCUCAGAAACCCCUUCUGCAGCUGUGGGGAGGAAAAAGGAAGGGGAAAGAGGUCCUCACCGCAGUUUAACAGCUUUUAUUGUAUGAUUGGUGGUGUGUAGCAUGGUGCUAUGAUGGGCCCCAUCCCCAAGAACAUGCCCACUGAGGCGCCUGAGUAAUGUGUCUGAGGACAGACAGAUAAAUGUGUGUGUGCACACACGCGUCCAGGCCUUUGCUGUCUGUUCCCGGGGUGUCUGUGUGAGGUGAGCAUCCCUGUCAAAGCUGGUCUGGAGGAUUAAACACAGAGGACUCUGGGGGACAAAGGGUGUCUGUGGUAGCUGUUUUUUCUCUUUUUCCUAGGGCAGGGAAUGAUGGGCCAUUUUAAGAAAAGUCUUAAAAGGUCAUGGUGACAGGUUCUACAAAUAUUACCUUUUUAAGGUUCACUGUUCCCUGAGGUGUCCCUGCAGCUGUUAACCAUCCCUGCUUGGUUGAGGUUUCCAACAACCCACCUGGGCACCCUGCCAGGGCCUCCCCCAGAUAACAGUACGUGUUGGUGACUCCCUGGGGACCUCAGUGGCCUGUGAGAGUGAGUGGGGGCAUAUAGAGCAGCUGGUGGCACGAUGGGUGGGGGCAGUCAGUGCACUUGUAUCUGUGGUGUAGGCGGUGGGGGUGUAGGCAGUGUGUGUACCAACUGCAAGAACACUUGUGGGAAUCCCAUAAACUGUGGAUAAUGUCCCAGUUUUCAGGACUGAUACAUUUGGUGAACAUGACCUGGAUGCCAGGUAAAAUGCCAAGACCGAGGCUCCCAGGGUACGCUCUGAAAAAGAAUCAGGGGACGUGCUGCCUAACUGGCCCUUGGAGAGGCUUAAGAAGGGAGGGUACUCAAAUGGAUUUAGGAUGAGUUAAACUCCAUACACAGCCCCGGGGCAGGAGAUGGCCUUGGAAGUCUUAACCAGGCUUGGCCUCUGUUUCUCUCCUCUUUGGUCAUUUUGGUGAUGGUUGCAUGUCUUCUCAUGAGAUCCUGCAUUCCAUUACAUCUUAGACACAAUGCCUUCUUUUGUGAAUAGAUGUAUAAGCAGGAUUCUUCCCCAUAUGUGCCACAUAGGAUCUUUGCAAAAUUGACAUUCACGUUUCUUUUGAGGCUGGACACCUGUAACAUCAAGCCAUAUCCCUACUGCCCAACUGUCAGAGUCACCCAGGAACUUUUAAGAGUUGAGGGCAAGUGCUUCACACCUCAGCAUUUCCAGGACCAUAAUAUCAUCGUCUGAGACCCUAGAGGACAAACACCAAAGCCCCUUUCCUGCCCUCACCUGGCCUCUCCACUGCUUAUUACGGGGAACAGGGUGUUAAGGUAGGCAAAAGGAGAGGGCCCAACAGUAACGGCGUCCAGAAAGAAUUUUUAGUGUGGAAAGGGGCUCAUCUUGGUAAAGCCCAGCCAACAUUAGGAAGUCAGGAAUGUCUCCUAAAACUCUAAAAGUCAGACUGUCUCUGUCUAACUCCAAUCUAAUCACAUGAGUCCUUGAAAGGGAGCAUCUGUAGGAAGAGAGAGAUUCCAUGAUAGAAGAAUUAGAGAGCUGCAACAUGAAAAGGACUCAACCAGCCCAUUGCUGGCUUUGAAGAUGGAGGAAGGAGGCCAGGAGCCAAGGAAUGCAGGCAGUCUCUAGAAGGUGGAAAAGGCAAGAAAAUGGGCUCUCCCCUAUAGCCCCCAGAAAGGAACAUAGCCCUGCAAACACCUUAAUUUUAGCCCAAUGAGACCUAUAUUGGACUUCUGGCCUCCAGAACUGUGAGAUAGUAAAUUUGCAUUGUUUAAGCCACUAAGUUUGUGGUAUUUCAUCACAACAGCAAUAGGAAACAAAAUACACAAAUGUUUGCUAAGCUUCCUGAACUGUGGAGGAAGCAUGAUGUAAUGGAAAGAGCACAUUACUGGGGGUAAAGAAGCCAGUCACAAUUUCCAAGGUUUUCAUCAGUAAAAUAUGGAUGGUUUAGACAAUGUGUGACAUCAGUCAAGGGUGUGAUUGCUGGAGACACAGUAGGUCUCAACUUCAACAAAAGCAUCUUAAAAAGUCUGCCACAACAGCUUUAAAGACAGGUGGGAGCAAUAUGGGCCACUUGGUAGCAUUAUUAAUGGAAUUUACAGCUCUUUGAAUCACUUAAGCCAAAGAGAGCCGCUAGGUCUCCGGUGACUUGCCCAGGCCCCUCCUUGGCCCUGUGUUUAAUGAUGACACAGAAAGCACAUUCAUAUUUUCUGAUGCCACAGAGCUGAAAAGAAAAGCAAUACACUGAAAGACAAACUCAAGAUUCUAAUGUUGCUACAGGACAAAAUGAUGACUCCAAACCACAGAACGAAAUUUAAUAAAAGGUAAAUAAUAAUAGCAUUUAUUGAAAAAUGAAAUUUGCGGUUCAAAAAAUAAAUUACACAAGCAUGGAAUGGGGGGAGCCUGGCUUAACAAUAGUUGAUACACAAACUAUCAGAGAGGGAAAGGCAGUUAUCAGACAUUUUAGAGCCGGAAGGGAGAGCCCAACCCACUUAUUUUACAAAUUAGGAAACUGGGCUCCGUAGGCCCAACUGUAUGACUAGGAGGGCUUGUGGGAAAAGCUACACUGUUAGGACUCCAGCUCCUUUACCAAAUAUGUCAAACAUUGUGCCAGCCACACCUACAGCCUCUUUUAAGGGGGCAGACCCCUGCUGAUGAGGCAGCCUAGACCCUGGAAUUUGUGAUACCAAAUUCUGACCUCAGCUGAUUGAAAUAAUCAAGUGGGCAACUGACCCAAGACCUGGCCAGUCCAUAGAGUAGCCAGUGGCUUAUGAGGUAACCUGGUGUGGAAGUCAGAGAUGAUGUAAACUUAUCAAAUUUUCAUUCUCAGGAAUUUAGAGAAAAUAAGGAGAUGAACUCAGCAGUGGGAGCUGAAACUGAAAGGCUGCAUACAAAGUAUGUCCACAGAAUGGAGUUCUCCACACCUUAAGCAACUGUGCCUGGCUACUCUCUCUCACAUACUUAGUGGAGAAUGAUUAUCCUGGCAGGGGUAAUGAACCUGAUCGUCAUGCAGAGAUAAAGUUGCUGUUACAUAAUGGGAACGGGAGGACUGCCUCUGCAGCCAUGGGAUUCCUGGGUGCCUCUUGGUGCUCCCCGCCCACUGAUUAUCCAUGAACGGGCAACUGUGGCCCCCACAGCCUGAAAAGGGCAGAGUAAUCAGGGCUCAGACCCCUAAGAAGUGAAAGCCUAGGUUAUCCACCAGGCAAGCGAUCUAGAACCAGCAAGAAGUGCUGUCUCAGGAGGAGGGAAGUCUGGAAUGGAUGCUAGAGGAACCUUAGAGUCUGUAAGUUGAAUAGAUGGUUGCAGCCUUAGAGCCAACCCCUGUGGUGGGGACUAUAGUUUGCCUCACUAACCCUCCUAUUACAAGUGUUUAUUCCAUCUCCUCCUUUCCCUUCUUUUUCUUUUUUUUUAAGAACUUGUAACUGCAUCUACCCUGAGACCAGAAGAACUAGAUAGUGCCUGGCCACCACUACCGACUGUUUUAAUUAGAGCCACAAUAGAUGAACCUGAUAGGAUGGGAGAAAAAUGUGGAGCAGAACCUCAAAUUCCUAACAAACAAAACAAACCUACCAGGCUGUUUGAGACUUGAAGGCUCCCUGAGGCUAUUGCCCUGAGGCACGCUUCGAACCUUGAACCAAAACUAACCCCUGAGGUCACCUUGUAGCUAAAUAACAGAUUGGCUCAAAAAAUAAUGACUAUCACCCAGAAGUACUGCGCUCCUUUAAAAAAGUCAUCUAGAUGAGACUAAAUGCUUAACAAUUACUUUAGAACGUAGAUGAGAAUGUAAGGAGGCAGGGAAACUAGAUUAAUGGAAACAGAAUAUUGUGUAGAAUGUAACCAAUGUCACUUAAUAGCUUAUGUAGAAAUUGUUGAAUGGGGAACCUAAACUGCUGUGUGAACCUUCACCGAAAACACAAUAAAAUAUUAUUAAAAAAAAAAAAAAAUUGUGACCAGUCACGCUCUUGAAGCAGGGAGAGUGUAGCGUGAACUCAGUAUGGAACAUGAGUGGAUCUGAGCCAUGCAUGUGUUGAUGGUGCAGACACUACCAGGGCCUCAGCCAUGUCCCCUGGCCUCACUUCUGUGGUGCACGUUAGCCCAGGUUCCACCUGCCAGCCCACACCUCUUUGCUUACAGAUUUUCUCUGGUGGCUCAGAGCUCAACCUCCACACAAAAAAAAAACUACUACUACGCAAGGCAGGCCUAAAGAGCCGGAGGGUCAAUCUCCUCCCCCUCCCCUCUCAAGGGCAGCUCUCAAAUAAUGACUGGUGGGAACUGGUGCAUAAAUACGCCAGUUCCUUCACCCUUCAGGUGAGAAUAAGGAUAAUUGCAGACAUCCUAUCUAAUUCCUGAUUUUAAUUGAAAUGGCUUUAGUGUUUCUCCACUGAGAACAAUAUUUGCUGUUAGGUUUUAGUAAAUAGUCUUCAUUAUAUUUAAGCAAUUUCCCCCUUUUUUUUAUUUCAGAAUUUUUAUUUAGGAAUGGUGUUAAGUUAUGCAAACUCACUGCUUGCCCCUGGGAAGCAGGCUGUUUCUGGGACUUGCCACCUUCCUAAAGGUCCUUGUUCUUGGAUCUGAAGCCGGUUCUUCAGAAACCUGUCUGAGGGAAUGCUCUCUGCAAGGAGCCCAGCAGAGCCCACUUUAAGCUCCUCACCUGUAACUGGGAGAUGUCAGAGGCGGAGUGGAAGGGAGUGCCUUGUUGGGGUUGCCACAUGCCCAGAACCUCCUCACCCUGACUAGUCUAAGUAUUACUGGUAGAUACAAUGAUGCUCACUAAAAGACUCAGAAACAUUAAUAGUAGUUGCCUCUAGUCAACUAUUACUGGAGUGGGAAUGGGGCAGGGACUCUUCUGCUUUUUUUUUUUUUUGCUAAAAUUUCUUAACCUCGAAGCUAUCACCAUUCUGGAUCAGAUAAUUCUUUGUUGUGUGAGACUGACUGUGCAUUGUAGGAUGUUUAGCAGCAACCUGGCUUCUACCCACUAGCACCCCUCCCCAGUUGUAGCAACCCAAAAUGCCUCCAGAUAUUGUCAAAUGUCCUGAGAGCUACUGUUCUAUACCCUUCUGUUCUAUUUGAAUUUUUUUAACUACGUGCUCUAACUGCUUCUAUAAUUAAGCAUUUAACCAAGGUCAUGAGACAGAGGAGGAAAUAUGAAGCUGUUGGGAGGAAGCAGAAACAUGAAGUAGAGAAUAUACAAUAAAGGAUGAAGAAGAAAAGUAGAAAGAGAUUUGGAUAUAAUCAAGAGAAGCAGAGACAAAGAGUAUCUGGGUCACAGGACCAGAAAGACAGGAGUGUGAAAACCCCCAUUCUUUAUAAUUCUUUAAUUCUCUCUUGUAUCUGUAAUGAUAAGGAGCCCUGGUGGUACAUCGGUUAAUUAAGCACUUGGCUGCUAACCAAAAGGUUGGCAGUUGGAACCCAACCAGUGGCUCCAUGGGAGAAAGACCUGCGAUCUGCUUCCAAUAAAGAUUACAUCCAAGAAAACCCUACAGGAAAGUUCUACUCUGUCACAUAAGGUCACUAUGAGUCAGGAUCUACUUGAUGGCACCUAACAACAACAUCUGUAAUGAUUCUCUGUAGCUGAGGUCUCCAGCACUGCCUAGGAUCCAAUAACAGACUGCAGAGGCCCAAUCAUUCCAUAGCCACCGUUCUGGGAUUUCCAUUCCAUUAAGUGUCGUACUUGCUCCAGGUGUCCUUACAAUAAACACCCCUUCACUUAAGCUAGACUGAGUGAGUCUCUCUACUCCUGACGAAGUGCCCAGUCAAAGAAGUGGACCCUGACCCCCACCAUGUGCUUAGAGCUACAUUCACUUGUUAGCACCACACAUGAAGAGGGUCUCUGACCAAGCAAAACAAGCGAUGAGUAGAUUGCAAAUAUGUCCUGUAAAAGAACUGUAGAAGGAAUUUUAAAAAGCUUUUCCUGGGGAAAAAAAAGACUUAGGCCAUCCAUCAGCACUGGCUUUCAACCGCUGUUAGGCUUUCAUAUACAAGAUGGAGAAGACUGAUCGUAGCUCAGAAGGCAGAACAGGUGAGUGAAGAAGUAACAGGGAAUUGGCAAAUAUUGUGUUAUAUAUAUUUUUACAACAAUAAUUAAAAAAAAAAAAAAGAAGUAACAGGGAGGUAGAUUUUGGCUCCAAAUAAAAAAAGUUGUAUCAAUAAAAAAGGCUAAGACUGGAAAAGAUUGCUUGGUAGGGUAGUGAGCUCCCCACCUCUGGAAGUGGUCAAAAAGAGGCUUCAAGGGUGGUUCCUGCAGUGGGCGUAAGCUUGGGCCAGACUUAUCAGCCUCCUUCAGCUGUAUCUUUCUAGAAAAGUAUAAGCUAGGAAAGAGACCAGGUACACCCACACAUUUAGCAGAAAUAUUUCGGGGCUAAAUGACAUGAUAAUACCUUUAAGUAAGUCAGAAGAGGGUGGCUCAUGGAGAAAUUGAGCAAUAGGGAAGAUCUCAGAGGUUCAGCAUCUUAGCUGGCCCUCGUCUGCUGGUCUUUCCCUACAGAAUUAGUCAGAUUUCGUGGUUGCAAGAGAUAGAAAGCUAGUUUAGACUGGCUUAAGCAAAAAAAGGAAAUUUAUUAGCUUGCAUAACCAAAAAGCUCAGGAGACAGAUCUAGCUCUGGGCAUGGGUGGAUUCAAGGCUUCAAAUGAAGUCAUUAACACUUGGUCUGUCUCGGAAAGAAGUUCUGAUACAUGUUACAACAUGGAUGAACCUGGAAAACAUUAUGUUGAGUGAAAUAACUCAGACACAAAAGGACAAACAUUGUAUGAUCCCACUUAUAUGAAGUAUCUACAAUAGGCAAAUGAUAGAAAACAAAGUUUAUUAGUUGUUGGUUACCAGGGCGAGCAGAAGGGGGAGAGGACAAGUUAUUGCUUAAAGGGCACUGAGUAUCUGUUAAGGAUGAUGAAAAAAAUUGGAAACAGAUAAUGGUGAUGGUUGUACAACAUGGUGAACAUAAUUAAUGUCACUGAAGCGUACAUGUAAAAACGGUUAAAAUGGCAAAUGUUUUGUUAUAUAUUUUUUUACCACAAUAAAAAAAAGAAAGAAUGGAAACAAAACAUCCAACUUAAAAGACGGAUUAAAAAAAAAAAAAAAGACUUGGUCUCUCUCCACGUCUCAGCUGUUUCCCUCCUUAUAGCCAAAAACGGCUUGGAAGUUUACACCCAUCUUGAGACAGUGUAGGGCAAGGCCAAAAGAGGCCUUGAUUGGUUGGCUUCCGAGGCCCUUCCCAAUUCCUUAAGAACUUCCUGUCACUGAACCUUUGGCUGUCCCAAAGCUCCUUCAUCUCCAGGUUUUGGGUUUAUUCUUACCUAUCCUCCCACCUAGAAAUUCAGGAAGAGGGGAAAAGCUGGGGCCCCAGAGGGCACUGGUACCUCCCCCUAGGGGAUCCCUCCUGGGAAUGUGCCUGGGACAGGGCACUCCUUCUGGCUGAAAUCAUACACCAUUGGGGCAAGGAAGACCACUAAGGAAAGUACCGGCAUCUAUGUAGGGGGAAAAAAUACCAGAUAUUUGGUAGGCUGCGACUAGUUGACCAGCCAGAGAGGUGGGGCAAGGGGGCCCUUCGAAGAUGUUUGAGCGGGUUCCAGAGGAGGAUUUGGCUGCACCACCAUGUUUCUAGACCCAGGGCUCAAAAAGGAAGUUGCCACAGUCACGGGCCUGGGCCAGAGCACGAGCCUUGGUUAUGAAGAGUCAGAUAAAAAGAUAACUAAACGGUUGUAUGGCAGGGAGGAAGCAGAGGAUACAGGUUUCUGGAACUGGGAGAAAAACAAAGUUAAAAUCACACCGUCCUACAGACACACAUGAAAAAUAAAAACGUUUUAAUACAAACUCAAUUUACAAGCGACUUUUUGGGACAGUUCCGGCAGCCCACUUCGGAGUGACAGUACGCCAAGCCCCGGAAACGUGGGAGGCCGAGGCUCACUGAGCAGCAGAAAAAAAGAAGAAAAAUUUAGCCUGGGGCAUUUCUGGGGCGGCCCCGAGUGCAGGGACUACAUCUCCCAGGAUGCCGCGUGCCAGGCAGCGCAACGCCUGCGUAGAGGUGGUGGGCCAUGCCGCGUCUCACCAGGCGGGGGCGUUCGGGACUCGGUCCUGAGCUGGCAGAGGUAGUGAGCGCUGCGGGGCGGAGUUGGGUCUGUGCUGCUACGGUUUGAGAAGCUCCUAGUAAUGAGCUUUCAGAACUCCUCUCUGAUUCCCGGCUCGUCCCCGCAAGUUGGCGGAAUCCCAACUUCACCUUUACCAAGGUCAAACUCUCGCGUACCCCAGGCCGCAGACACACUGAGCUGUCUUCAGAAGCACAGCAGCUCUCAGGAACCCCACAUCCCGCUGCCAGUGGUUCCCCGCAUCCGGUACCCGCCCCCUAGAGCCACCCUCCCUCCUACACAGCCCCACCUGCCUGCCCUUAACCGCGACCAGAGCGCUUCCUGGGGAAACUCAGGUUGGAGACCUUGGAGGUCGGGGGACGCCGGGGCAUUUGGGGUAGUGUGUGUGUGGUGGUGAUGGGGGGUCCCACUUCCCGCCGGGACCACCAGGCGGCCUCAGGCGCAGACUUCUCUGCUCUAUGGUUUUCUGUGGAACGCUAAGUGGUAAGAAGUCUGGAAGUCAAGGCCUCAGCUUUCCCUUUCUUCCCUCGAACCCCAGAAGGGGCUGUCAAGCCAGACCUGCUUGUACAGAGGCUCAAGAGGGAGAUGGCGCAGGCUUCCAUCUCAGAGUGAAAUAUUGUUUCCUGGAGCUAAGGCCGAGCUCCUCUGCUCGGAGCGACUGCCAGGGAGAUGGAUGGAUGGUAAAGAUGGGCUACAGGAAAGGUGGGUGGGGCCAGUGAGGGUGGGACGGGCAGUGGAUAGCAGACAUUGAUAGAUGGGACUAAGGUGCCUCUGACCCUGGAAGAAGUAGGGUUGGCAUGCCUCUGUUUAUGUAUAAGAGAUAGCGUGAAUCUGUUGCCAGGGUAAUUGAGGUGGUGAGCUGAGCCAGUUUAGGGCUGUGCUGUAGUCACUGUGUCGUGAUGAGGUUUGGGAGGCUCAGGUUGUAACCAGAAAGAUGGAGGAUGUGAUAUGUAGGGCUUUUUUUUUUUUUUAAACCUACUACACAUCUCGGUACACAUCUCUUUCUAACCCAUCCAUCCCCUCCUCUCCAUCUUCACUGCCACUGCCACCAUUUUAUCUCACCUAGAUUACUGCAACAUCUUCUGAAGAACACUCCCUGACUCCAGUUCUGCUAGCCUGCAGACUAAAAUAGCAGCCAGUGCUAUUUGUCUGACUGUGUUUAUCCCUUGCUUAAAAACCUUCAGUGUCUCUCCUUCAUCUCACCUACAGGAUAAAGUCUAAACUCCUUGGUAUGGUUUACAGACCCCAUGGGAUCUGGCUUCUGUCCACCCCUCCAGCCUCAUCUUGCCAUUUCCCCCAUCUCACUAUACCCUCUUGUCAUUCGAAUGAACUCUUGUCAGUUCCUCCAAAGAAGCCUCUCCUUUGCCUUGUGGUUCCCUCUGGAACAUUUUCUGGCAGACUCCUCCUUUGUGUCAUGUCCCUGCUUAUAAGUCACUUAACCUAUGAGCUCCUAUGAUCUCUAUUGCAGAGAAUACUUAUUUUUAAUAAUAGCUAGCAUUAUUGAGCACUCACUCUUUUCUAAACACUUUACGAGGAAUGCAUUUAAACUUCACAGCCUUUUUUAAAUAGACACCAUAAAUAUCCUCCCUAUUUUACAGAUUCAGAAAUUGAGCCCCAGUUGCACAAGAACACAUGGAUGGCCAGUGGUGGACAUGGAAUUUGAACUCAGGCAGACUGCGCAAACCCACCAAUUGUAGCAUGCUAUAUAAUGUGGAAGGCUGGCUGGUGUUAGGAAUUAAGCAGAUGAAGGCAGAGGGGGUCAGAAGCUGGCUGAAAGGACAUGAAAAUAGACAGUGGAGAGAAGGAGUGUGCUGUCUCAUUAGGGGGAGAGCAACUAGGAGUAUAUAGCAAGGCGUAUGUAAAUUUUUUGUAUGAGAGACUGACUUGUAAACUUUCACUUAAAGCAUAAUAAAAAUUAAAAAAAAGAAUUAAGCAGGUGGUGGUUGGGCUAGUAGAUAAUACAGGCAAAGCAGAUUUAAUCCCCAAAUUAAAAUAAAGGCGAUGACAAGCAAAGCUACUAUCAGGAUACCAGAAAAAAAACCCGUUGCUGAUACCGACUCAUAGUGACCCUAUAAGACAGAGUAGAACUGCCCCAUAGAGUUUCCAAGGAGCACCUGAUGGGUUUGAACUGCUGACCUUUUUGGUUAGCAGCCAUAGCACUUAACCACUACGUCACCAGGGUUUCCAUUUACAGGAUCACCGCCAAGGAUAAUGGGUGACAAUUGAGAGAGCAAAGUAGAGAUGAGGUGAAAAGAGGGCCAGUAGUGGUAUACAGAUGACAGUGAAGAAUGGCACUGCUGGUGCCAAAACAGGGGUAUAGGUGGGCUCAUGAUGGGCAGGGGGAGGGUUGAUGGAGAAGCUGAUGGAGGGGCUAGGCUCCCAGGCUGUGGGGGUAGCAGUGCAUUGACAAGGUCAUGGUGAGAGGAGUUCGGGGGUAGGGCACUUGAAGACCCCAGGUGAUGGAUGUGGGGUGACUUUAAGUGCAAAUCCUGAGGAUGUUCCAGCAGCAGCAAGAGUAGCCGAGGGCUGGGCUCCAGCCUUCCACCCCCAGUACCCACCGCUGCAGUGUUGAUGAGGCAGUCCUUGUGGGGGCCCUACCGCAUCUAGUCAUCCCGGGUAGUGUUCUGUGCAGACGGCAAAGCUCACGCCCCCAACCUGUGGGGCCUGGUGCAGGUCUACAGCCCUCUAGGCAAAAAAUCUAAACAUUUUUGGAAAGUUUUAUUUGAAAAGUUGGGGACAUGACAGAGGCAAUAGGAUGGAGAUUGCUGUUCCCCUGCCAGCGUUCCCAGAUUAAAGCUAGGCUUGAGUUCCUUAGGUUCCUGGGCACCAGGACCCUUCUAAUCUGUGGGUUCCCAAAGAAUAUACCUACCCAUGUCCUCUCUCGGGCUCCUAUGCCUCCCCCACUGCCCACUUCCUGUGCCUGAGGAGACAUUGAGGUGUGGGGGUAGACUAAGGAGGAGGAGUAGGGAGAAUCUAUUUAAACUCCAGAAGGAGGGGGAAGUGAGAACCUGGGAGCUGGGGGAGGAGACUGAGAGGAACAGAUAGGGAAAAAGAGUGGGGGAGAGGGACACUGCCUUUGCUUCCUCCAUCCUGAAGAUAUUGGGGGUCUGCUAGUCCCCUGAGAUGUCUCCCUCAAGCUCAGGAAGCUUGGGGGAGAUCACCUUCUGUGACAGGGCAAUGGCUCCCUAUUAUUGGGGGUGGUUGGGUAGCAGUCAUGCCCUGGCCAGGGUUGUAGUAACCCCUGCCACAGGGAGGCUGGGUGAGGCAACCCUGCCAUGCCAGGUCCUCCACUUCAGCUGGGUGCCGGCUGGCUAUUGGCGUAGGCCUGAUCGGGGAAGGAAGCCCGUGCUCGGCGGGUCUGGGAGCACACUGAAGCGUAGAGCUCCGGCUCGGGCCCCGAGGCCUGGGCUUUUGGCUCAGAGUCCAGCACCACCUCUGAGUACUUGAUGGGGGCCCCAGGGCUAGGGACCCGGCUCUGAGGAGGCCGCAGCUGCAGGCUGGUGUAGCACAUCACCUCCUCUGCAGCCUGGAGAUGCAAGGCUGUUAGAAGUACACUGGACCCUUGUCCUACUUCCCUCCCCUCUUCUUCAACCCCAGCUGACUCACCCUGGUGGGGCCCCCAGGAGCUGGAUCCUGCUGCUCUGGCCCUGGUUCUUGAGACAGCCGUCCUGGGACAGGGAUCAGGAAUCUGAUUGGUUUCUUGUUCCUCCUCUUGCAGCCCCCAAAUGCCACGACCUGGCCUCUGUGCCCCUGCCCUCUGCCAGCUCCCUACCUGUCUGCAGAUAAUGUAGGUUCCCAUACAGGGGGGCCUCUUCCACAGACCCUCCAGAGCUGCAACACAGAGUUUGGGGUAUAAGUGAGGACUUCUUGGUAAGGCGGAACUCUGGAUCGACCCAUCCUUCUGUUGUCCCCCACUCACCGUCCCUGCUCUGGAUUGCUCCUGUUCCAGCCACUGGUCCACUGGGUCAAGUGUGCAGCCAGUGAGAUGAAAAGCAGCAGCGUCACAGCCCCUAAGAGGGCCCAUAAUCCCCAGGCCUUGCCAAAGGAGGGGAUUCCUGUGGACAGGAGAGAAUGGGUGGGGGGUGCUACUGCCCAGCCCAACCCCUUAGCCCCCGCAGGUGAGACAUUAGGCUGUAUGACCCUCCCUCAGGAGCCCCUGCCCCGCCCAGCUCACCCCGCACUAGUAGAUCCUGUAGAUCCGUGCAGUUGUCUGCUGCUGCUGUGAGAGCCAAGGCCCCAGGCACCCUGUCCGGAGCCAAAGGGUCAGCCUGGCUCAUGGCCUGACAGCUGCUGCAGCCCCCUUUACUCCCACCUUUCCCUGGGCCUGGGCCUCACAGCUCAGCAUCCCCAAUACUGGUGGUGGCAAAGUUGCUGGUUUCCGGGGAGGAAGGGGGAGGGGAAGGAUUGGGUGAAAGAACAAAGACACCGCCCUGCACCUGCGCCACUCCUGCAGCUCCUGAGCAUCCCCCCCUUGUGGCCCUGUGCCCCCCUUCAGCCUGAGAGAAGAGGGAGCAGGCUUGAGUGUAGUGAGCCACUGUGCAGUGAGCCAGUGAAGACUCCAGAAAGGGAGGGAGUGACUUGCCCAGGGGGACCAGAGUGCUGUGAGGCAGGACCAACAAGGACAGGACACCUGGCCCUAGGAUCCCCUCCUGCCAAAGGGUGCCUACCUUUUUUCUCCAACUCUGAAGGAAAAUGCAUACCUCAAUAAGGGCAUUAUAUAGUGGGACAGAAUGGGAGGCCUGGCACCUCCAAUGCCACCACAUCCUAAGGCUGACCUGAGGAGAAUAUGUUUAGAUGAUUGUUAUCAUUAUUACUAGUGUUAUAGUUUAGGGAAGAGUGGAAACUAGGUGCUCCUCCCUUCCAUUCACCUACUUCACCCAGACUGUCCCUAAAAACUGUCACUUUUAGUGAUUACUUGAACUAAAAAAAAUCCUCUGCCUCAAGACUACCCUGGGAAACUGAGUCCUGACGUUGCAUUCUUUCACUUGGGGAGUGGGUACCUGCUGUGCCUCAGAGAUACCCCGACUACACAGGAGGCUAUUGAUAUGAGAAGAUAGAUUUUAAGUUCCAAAUAUAAACCUUAGACCAGAAGUCAAAGAUAUAUUUUGUUUGGCUCAUAUAAUGUUUUUUAAAAAACAUAAAUUUACUGUCAUUGUAUAUCAAGGGAGGGGAUGGUAGGAAAGGUCCUGCCCCUCCAGUUGUAGGCAAUAGGGGGAUGGAUUGUCUGUCCAAACCAAAAACACCAAACCCGUUGCCAUCAAGUCGAUUCCAACUCGUAGCGACCCUAGAGGACAGAGUAGAACUGCCCCAUAGAGUUUCCAAGGAGCGCCUGGCAGAUUCAAACUGCCAACCUCUUGGUUAGCAGCUAUAGCACUUAACCACUACGCCACCAGGGUCUCCAGAUUGUAGGAAAUGUAAAAACGAAAAGAAAAUAGACUAAAAAUCAGCCAUGUACUAGCAAUUCUAAAAAAUAUCAGUAAUAAAAUGACUCCUCCCUGAAAAAGUUUGUAGAUUUAAGUCCUAAAUUUCUGAGGGUACCAUUGCAUUUUAAUAAUAUACAAAUUUCAAAUUAGCACAGUUUUAUUUAUCCUUUAAUAAGCAUUGUAAUUUGCAUGGAAGUUAAUCAGGGGAACUGGUAUUAUACAGUCGGCCCCUGAUACAUGCAGAUUCAUCUACAUGUGUUCAUUUCUAGGCUUAAUUCAUAACGGUUUGAAAUUGUUCAAACCUGCUGUGGGCACAAUUUCUGUUUCCAGACCCCAUGGUUGGACUACAUUUUCCUGUGUUUAAUUUGUAGAUUUAAAAGAAACAAUGAUUGUAAAGUCAAAGAAAUUAAACGAGUUACUUUAAGGCUGACAUUCUGUGUGACCAAUUGGAAUUUUCGUUUAUAUUUUAAAAUUCCUGGAAAUGUGAAACGGAAUUUUUAUGAAUCUUUGUCAAAUUUAUCCUUAUGUUUAAAACUUUCCCUAUUUGUAUGUUUCUUGCUUCAUGUGAAAGAAACUUCUCGAAAUGAAAGUUAAUAAAAAGUAUUAUUUGAUCAGCUAUCAGAGAUGGACAAAUCUGGCUAUGUUGUCUAUUACUAGAGAUUAUUUUUGACGAAGUCAUUGACAAACUUGUAGAAGUUAAGGAUCAGAAACAAGAAUUGUCAUGUUACUUAUCAUUCAGACAGACCAAAAUGUAGGUAUGUUUUUUGCCCCUUUUUUCAAAAACAAAAACAUACAAACUGUAACUAGAACUAUUAACUUACCCAUUACAUUUUUCUUCUUGCUCUAUAAUGUUUAAUUUUUAAUUGUUUUGUUUUUUAUACUGGCAUAAUUAUAAGGAGCUCUGGUGGUGCAGUGAUUAAAGCGAUCGACUGCUAAGCGAAAAGUGGCAGUUCGAAACCACCAUCAGCUCCUAGGAGAAAGCUGUGGCAGUUGGCUUCCAUAGAGAUUUGCAGCCUUGGAAACCCUGUGGGGUCGCUAUGAGUCAGAAUCGACUCCACUGCAGUGAGCAUAAUUAAAUCCACACAAAAUUCAGUAAAAGGAAGUGCUCAGUAUCUGAGUUUCUUUGCUGGCCCUUAAUAUUAUUGAAAAUAAUUUUGUCAUAUACAGGAGGCGAGUUUAAUAAAUGAUGAGUAUUUUUUUUUUAUGGGUGUCAAAUACGCUAAAGUGUGACUGGGAUACCUUGUAAACAUUAAAAAUAGAGCAAUUUCAAAUUUUAAAAGUCCAGCUUUGUCGAUUUAUUUUUUAAAAUCAUAACCUGGCAAUAGUGGGCCCAAGUUCCCUGAAGGCAACCAUCAGUAGGAGUUGAGUAGGGGGCUCCCCUUUUAAAAGAGCUUUUAUGUUUAAUGAGGAGCUAGUUCUAUAAACCUUCACCUAAAGUACAAUCAUUAAAAAAAAAAGUAAAGCUAAAUAAUAAUAAUAAUUAAAUCAUGCUUUCUUUCCUCAGUGAGAUGGUCUGGCCGAAAUAUCGCGAUACAGGAAACUCCAAAGGUUUAGAAUUGUCUUCUCAGGAAACAAGGGCAAAGACUAGUUUACUUUCUGGCCGGGGUGGGGGGAAAAGCUCUUAGUCCCCUGUGCGUAUUAUAAGUAGUGUUUAAUAGGUCUGAAGGACAGAGAACGGGCACUUCCUCAACUGAAAAUUCAGGACCUUCUCACCACCUGUGGAAUUAUAAAAGUGAGCCGCACUGAGAAUGAGCCCCGUUUGGUUGGUGCGCACGGAAGACGCACUGCCUGCGUAACUAGCACAGUAGACGGACGACACCCCGCUAUCACGCCGCUCAGCUAGCCAGCCGCAGAUGGCGGGGUUGCUUCUUGGCGGGCUUACUGUGAGACGGGAUGACCUGCGUGCAUGAGCACGCGGCACUUUCUGCCCAAGGUCCGGGGACUUUCCCCUAGGCGUGAGAAAUGAGGAACUAGUCCUCCG